UUAAUAUUUUUUUUAAAUGCGUGGAAAAGGAGGAAAGAACUACAAAACUGGAAAAACCAUCAGAGCUAACAACACCCGUUAUAAAGGAGGAAAAACUCAAGCAAAUGCCUUGAGUAGUGUCGAACUGACAGCAGAAGAGGAAGAGUAUAUUAAAAACAAGUUUGGAGAUAUAGAACUUUCUGAGUCCGAGGAAUCCUCAGAAAGCUCUGAAGGGGGUCAAGAGGAUUCUGAUAAAUUGAAUAACCAGCACUUAGUUAACUCAAAUAAGGUAGUCUCAUCAAAUAAACAAUGUAAGGCUGCUAUUAAGGAUCCAUACUCACCUGGCUAUGAAAACCCAAAUCACAAUUCACUUUUACAAUCCGAGAUUAGUUUGAGCAGGAGUGAAUUAGAGAAACUGGAAAAAAUAAAAGCUAGAAAGCGCUAUUUAGAAGCUGUGGCAGCUGGAAAAACUGAACAAUCUAAAAAAGAUUUAGCCCGUCUCGCUGAAGUUAGAAAAAGAAGAGAACUCGCUUCAUUGACUAGGAAAAAAGCAGACGAAGACACGAACGCGGAGGCCCAGCACGCCGCUUUGAAUGCGGGAGUAACUCAAGAAGAAAUUAUUACCUAUUCUGCAUUAGAAAUAAAGAAAAUGAAACCCCAAAAACUUAAAGAGGAGUUGAAAAAGCGCGACUUGUCUACGCAAGGAACGAAAACUGAUCUUAUAAACAGGCUUCUGGAAGCCUGUCAGAAUUAAAUUUUAUUUAAUUUUUUAUGGCGGUGAGGAUUUAUUGUAUAGAAAUAA